UGUAACCGUAGUAACCAAGCUCACACAUCCCAAGUUUUCAUGAACCGAUUCGUUUCCCCAAAAUCCUAUUCCGGAAGUGGAGGAAGCUGAUACUGAUACAAGAAGGUUGCAGUUAGCAGAGAAAAUAGAUCCUUCAUACGCUAGACGAGAAGCAAAAGUGACACACCAGAGAGAGGCACUGGAAAAACAGAUGGAAUUAUUGGAGAAGCAAGCAGAAAAACAAGCUCUAUUAUCGUCAUUACCAAUCGUCACAAAGUCUGGCUAUUGCGAUGACGGUAACAUGAGUGACACGCCCACCGACAUCCUCGUAAAUAUACAACCGGUAGACAAGAUUCAAGCCACGUCAUGGAGUAAGGGACGUCAAAGACGGGGGUCAGUUGGAUCGGAUGCAUCAGAUUCAUCAUUUAGUGACAUUGAUGAACAGAUCACAGCUUCUGUUAGAAAAAGAUCAAAAUCAGCAGACGGAAGAGAAAUGCUGAGAAGGAUGGGUCCAACAGGCAGCUCGAGUAAAGAAAAUGUUACAUUGACAAGAACGUUGUCACCAGCGCCCUCUGCUGGUCUGCGUUCUGUAACACUUCGACCAAUAGCCACGCAGCAUAACAAAUCAGCAUUAUCUCUAUCUAGCAGUUUGAACUCUCUAACCCAAGGAUUACGACCAUUUGCACCACACAGUGCCCAAGAUUUACAGAUUAAUGAUGUUAUCAAGUUCUCCAGACAAGGAGGUAAACUUAGUCAAGGAACAAUUAAAUUUAUUGGACAUCUCCCAGGGCGUGGAGACAUCUACCUCGGGGUGGAGCUUGAUAAAGAAGAUGGAAAACAUGAUGGUGUGUUUGAAGGAAUUCGAUACUUCAAAUGUAAACCAAGCAAAGGUGUGUUUGUUGCUUACAACAAAGUAGUAAUGGCAUGGACUUCAUACUGAGAAUAUAACAAUAUGGCAUGGACUUACAAAAAUAUUCCAUAGAAUUUCAUACUGAGAAUACAAGAAUAUGGCAUGGAAUUUUAAUUUCAUACUGAGAAUACAAAAAUAUGGUAUGGACUUACAAAAAUAUUCCACAGAAUUUCAUACUGAGAAUACAAGAAUAUGGUAUGGACUUACAAAAAUAUUCCACAGAAUUUCAUACUGAGAAUACAAAAAUAUGGUAUGGACUUACAAAAAUAUUCCACAGAAUUUCAUACUGAGAAUACAAGAAUAUGCCAUGGAAUUUCAAUUUCAUACUGAGAAUACAAAAAUAUGCCAUGGAAUUUCAUACUGAGAAUACAAAAAUAUGGUAUGGACUUACAAAAAUAUUCCACAGAAUUUCAUACUGAGAAUACAAGAAUAUGCCAUGGAAUUUCAAUUUCAUACUGAGAAUACAAAAAUAUGCCAUAGAAUUUCAUACUGAGAAUACAAAAAUAUGCCAUGGAAUUUCAUACUGAGAAUACAAAAAUAUGCCAUGAACUUCAUACAGAGAAUACAAAACUAUGCCAUGGACUUAGUACCGAGAUUAUGACAAUACAGUGAUAUGUCAUUGACUUCAUACUGAGAAAAAAAUCAUACUGAGAAUAUGGAUUUAAGAAUUUUGUGUGGACUUGAUUCUGAGACCAUAGUAUAAUGGCAUGGACUUCUUACUAAGAAAUCAAAAAUAUGGCAUGGACUUCAUACUGAACCAAGCUCAAUAUUUCAUAUCGUCUGAACAGCCAACAGAGACUAGACAAAAUCAUGUACUUAAUUAAAGCGAGGAAUAACUCUGUAGGUCCUGUCAUGGCAUCAUGUCAUUUCAUUGUAAAGUUCUAAAUGUUAUUACAAGGUUCGUACAUGAAAAGUUUUAUAUAUGUAUACCAGUUUACUUCAACAUGGCAAUUAAUUAGAUUUUAAGUGCUUAUGUAAUAUUAAUGCAUUAAAGUAUUAUAUUAAUAAUUUAUUUCAACCACUUUCCAUAUCUGUGAUAGAUUAUAGAAGUCUAUUU